AUGCUCCCGCUUUCCAUCACCCUGCCCCAUUCUCCCGCUUUCCAUCACCCCGCCCCAUUCUCCCUCCUUCCAUCACCCCGCCCCAUUCUCCCGCUUUCCAUCACACCGCCCCAUUCUCCCGCUUUCCAUCACCGUGCCCCAUUCUCCCGCUUUCCAUCACCCUGCCCCAUUCUCCAGCUUUCCAUCAUCCUGCCCCAUUCUCCCUCCUUCCAUCAGCCCACCCCAUUCUCCCACUUUCCAUCACCCCGCCCUAUUCUCCCGCUUUCCAUCACCCUGCCCCAUUCUCCCUCCUUUCAUCAACCCGCUUCAUUCUACCUCCUUCCAUCACCCCGCCCCAUUCUCCCGCUUUCCAUCACCUCGCCCCAUCUCCCGCUUUCCAUCACCCCGCCCUAUUCUUCUGCUUUCCAUCACCCCGCCCCAUUCUCCUGCUUUCCUUCACCCCGCCCCAUUGACCCGCUUUACAUCACCCGCCCCAUUCACCCGCUUUCCAUCACCCGCCCCAUUCUCCUGCUUUCCAUCACCCCGCCCCAUUCUCCCACUUUCCAUCACCCCGCCCCAUUCUCCCGCUUUCCAUUACCCCGCCCCAUUCUCCCUCCUUCCAUCACCCCGCCCCAUUCUCCCGCUUUCCAUCACCCCGCCCCAUUCUCCCUCCUUCCAUCACCCCGCCCCAUUCUCCCGCUUUCCAUAACCCCGCCCCAUUCUCCCUCCUUCCAUCACCCGCCCCAUUUUCCCUCCUUCCAUCACCCCGCCCCAUUCUCCCUCCUUCCAUCACCCCGCCCUAUUCUCCCGCUUUCCAUCAGCCCACCCCAUUCUCCCGCUUUCCAUCACCCCGCCCCAUUCUCCCGCUUUCCAUCACCCCGCCCCAUUCUCCCGCUUUCCAUCACCCCGCCCCAUUCUCCCGCUUUCCAUCACCCAGCCCCAUUCUCCCGCUUUCCAUCACCCCACCCUCUUUCCAUCAUCCUGCCCCAUUCUCCCUCCUUCCAUCAGCCCACCCCAUUCUCCCACUUUCCAUCACCCCGCCCUAUUCUCCCGCUUUCCAUCACCCUGCCCCAUUCUCCCUCCUUUCAUCAACCCGCUUCAUUCUACCUCCUUCCAUCACCCCGCCCCAUUCUCCCGCUAUCCAUCACCUCGCCCCAUCUCCCGCUUUCCAUCACCCCGCCCUAUUCUUCUGCUUUCCAUCACCCCGCCCCAUUCUCCUGCUUUCCUUCACCCCGCCCCAUUGACCCGCUUUACAUCACCCGCCCCAUUCACCCGCUUUCCAUCACCCGCCCCAUUCUCCUGCUUUCCAUCACCCCGCCCCAUUCUCCCACUUUCCAUCACCCCGCCCCAUUCUCCCGCUUUCCAUUACCCCGCCCCAUUCUCCCUCCUUCCAUCACCCCGCCCCAUUCUCCCGCUUUCCAUCACCCCGCCCCAUUCUCCCUCCUUCCAUCACCCCGCCCCAUUCUCCCGCUUUCCAUCACCCCGCCCCAUUCUCCUUCCUUCCAUCACCCCGCCCCAUUCUCCCGCUUUUCAUCACCCCGCCCCAUUCUCCCACUUUCCAUCACACCGCCCCCUUCUCCCUCCUUCCAUCACCCCGCCCCAUUCUCCCUCCUUCCAUCACCCCGCCCCAUUCUCCCGCUUUCCAUCAGCCCGCCCCUUUCUCCCGCUUUCCAUCUCCCUGCCCCAUUCUCCCGCUUUCUAUCAACCCGCCCCAUUCUCCCGCUUUCCAUCACCCCGCCCCAUUCUCCCGCUUCCCAUCAUCCCGCCCCAUUCCCCCGCUUUCCAUCACCCCUCCCCAUUCUCCCUCCUUCUAUCACCCCGCCCCAUUCUCCCGCUUUCCAUUACCUGCCCCAUUCUCCCGCUUUCCAUCACCUCGCCCCAUCUCCCGCUUUCCAUCACCCCGACCUAUUCUUCUGCUUUCCAUCACCCCGCCCCAUUCUCCUGCUUUCCAUCACCCCGCCCCAUUCACCCGCCCCAUUCUCCUGCUUUCCAUCACCCCGCCCCAUUCUCCCUCCUUCCAUCACCCCGCCCCAUUCUCCCGCUUUUCAUCACCCCGCCCCAUUCUCCCGCUUUCCAACACCCCGCCCCAUUCUCCUGCUUUCCAUCACCCCGCUCCAUUCUCCCGCUUUCCAUCACUCGGCCCCAUUCUCCCGCUUUCCAUCACCCCGCCCCAUUCUCCUGCUUUUCAUCACCCCGCCCCAUUCUCCCUCCUUCCAUCACUCCGCCUCAUUCUCCCUCCAUCCAUCACCCCGCCCCAUUCUCCCGCUUUCCAUAACCCCGCCCCAUUCUCCCUCUUUCCAUCACCCCACCCCAUUCUCCCGCUUUCCAUCACUCCGCCCCAUUCUCCCUCCUUCCAUCACCCCGCCCCAUUUUCCCUCCUUCCAUCACCCCGCCCCAUUCUCCCGAUUUCCAUCACCCCACCCCAUUCUCCCGCUUUCCAUCAGCCCGCCCCAUUCUCCCGCUUUCCAUCACCCCGCCCCUUUCUCCCACAUUCCAUCAGCCCGCCCCAUUCUCCCGCUUUCCAUCACCCCGCCCCAUUCUCCCGCUUUCCAUCACCCCGCCCCAUUCUCCCACUUUCCAUCACUCCGCCCCAUUCUCCCGCUUUCCAUCACCCCGACCCAUUCUCCCACUUUCCAUCACCCCGCUCCAUUCUCCCUCCUUCCAUCACCCCGCCUCAUUCUCCCUCCUUCCAUCACCCCGCCCCAUUCUCCCGCUUUCCAUCACCCCACCCCAUUGUCCCGCUUUCCAUCACUUAGCCCCAUUCUCCCGCUUUCCAUCAUCCCGCCCCAUUUUUUCGCUUUCCAUCACCCCGCCCCAUUCUCCCGCUUUCCAUCACCCUGCCCCAAUCUCCCGCUUUCCAUCACCCCGCCCCAUUCUCCCUCCUUCCAUCACCCCGCCCCAUUCCCCCGCUUUCCAUCACCCUGCCCCAAUCUCCCGCUUUCCAUCACCCCACCCCAUUCUCCCUCCUUCCAUCACCCCGCCCCAUUCUCCCGCUUUCCAUCACCCCGCCCCAUUCUCCCACUUUCCAUCACCCAGCCCCAUUCUCCCGCUUUCCAUCACCCCGCCCCAUUCUCCCGCUUUCCAUCCACCCGCCCCAUUCUCCCGCUUUCCAUCAUCCCGCCCCAUUCUCCCUCCUUCCAUCACCCCGCCCCAUUCUCCCGCUUUCCAUCACCCCACCCCAUUCUCCCUCCUUCCAUCACCCCGCCCCAUUCUCCCUCCUUCCAUCACCCCGCCCCAUACUCCCGCUUUCCAUCACCCCGCCAAUGUUCUCCCGCUUACCAUAACCCCACCCCCUUCUCCCGCUUUCCAUCACUCCGCCACAUUCUCCCGCUUUCUAUCACCCCGCCCCAUUCUCCCUCCUUCCAUCACCCCGCCCCAUUCUCCCGCUUUACAUCACCCCGCCCCAUUCUCCCGAAAUCCAUCACCCCGCCCCAUUCUCCCGCUUUCCAUCACCCCGCCCCAUUCUCCCGCUUUCCAUCACCCCGCCCCAUUCUCCCGCUUUCCAUCAUCCCGCCCCAUUCUCCCUCCUUCCAUCACCCCGCCCCAUUCUCCCGCUUUCCAUCACUCUGCCCCAUUCUCCCUCCAUCCAUCACCCCGCCCCAUUCUCCCUCCUUCCAUCACCCCGCCCCAUUCUCCUGCUUUCCAUCACCCCGCCCCAUUCUCCCACUUCCAAUAACCCCACCCCAUUCUCCCGCUUUCCAUCACCCCGCCACAUUCUCCCACUUUCCAUCACCCCGCCCCCUUCUCUCUCCUUCCAUCACCCCGCCCCAUUCUCCCUCCUUCCAUCACCCCGCCCCAUUCUCCCGCUUUCCAUCAGCCCGCCCCAUUCUCCCGCUUUCCAUCACCCCUCCCCUUUCUCCCGCUUUCCAUCUCCCCGCCCCAUUCUCUCGCUUUCCAUCACCCCGCACCAUUCUCCCGCAUUCCAUCACCCCGCCCCAUUCUUCCGCUUCCCAUCAGCCCGCCCCAUUCCCCCGCUUUCCAUCACCCCUCCCCAUUCUUCCUCCUUCCAUCACCCCGCCACAUUCUCUCGCUUUCCAUCACCCCGCCCCAUUCUCCCGCUUUCCAUCACCCCGCCCCAUUCUCCCGCUUUCCAUCACCCCGCCCCAUUCCUCCUCCUUCCAUCACCCCGCCCCAUUCUCCCGCUUUCCAUCACCCCGCCCCAUUCUCCCUCCUUCCAUCACCCCGCCCCAUUCUCCCUCAGUCCAUCACCCCACUCCAUUCUCCCGCUUUCCAUCACCCCGCCCUAUUCUCCCGCUUCCCAUAACCCCACCCCAUUCUCCCGCUUUCCAUCACCCCACCACAUUUUCCCACUUUCCAUCACCCCACCCCCUUCAUUUUCCUUCCACCACCCCGCCCCAUUCUCCCUCCUUCCAUCACCCCGCCCCAUUCUCCCGCUUUCCAUCAGCCCGCCCCAUUCUCCCUCUAUCCAUCACCCCGCCCAAUUCUCCCACUUUCCAUCACCCCAUCCCAUUCUCCCGUUUUCCAUCACCCCGCCCCAUUCUCUCGCUUUCCAUCACCCCGCCUUAUUCUCCCGCCCCGCCCCAUUCUCCCGCUUUCCAUCACCCCGCCCCUUUCUCCCACAUUCCAUCAGCCCGCCCCAUUCUCCCGCUUUCCAUCACCCCGCCCCAUUCUCCCGCUUUCCAUCACCCCGCCCCAUUCUCCCACUUUCCAUCACUCCGCCCCAUUCUCCCGCUUUCCAUCACCCCGACCCAUUCUCCCACUUUCCAUCACCCCGCUCCAUUCUCCCUCCUUCCAUCACCCCGCCUCAUUCUCCCUCCUUCCAUCACCCCGCCCCAUUCUCCCGCUUUCCAUCACCCCACCCCAUUGUCCCGCUUUCCAUCACUUAGCCCCAUUCUCCCGCUUUCCAUCAUCCCGCCCCAUUUUUUCGCUUUCCAUCACCCCGCCCCAUUCUCCCGCUUUCCAUCACCCUGCCCCAAUCUCCCGCUUUCCAUCACCCCGCCCCAUUCUCCCUCCUUCCAUCACCCCGCCCCAUUCCCCCGCUUUCCAUCACCCUGCCCCAAUCUCCCGCUUUCCAUCACCCCACCCCAUUCUCCCUCCUUCCAUCACCCCGCCCCAUUCUCCCGCUUUCCAUCACCCCGCCCCAUUCUCCCACUUUCCAUCACCCAGCCCCAUUCUCCCGCUUUCCAUCACCCCGCCCCAUUCUCCCGCUUUCCAUCCACCCGCCCCAUUCUCCCGCUUUCCAUCAUCCCGCCCCAUUCUCCCUCCUUCCAUCACCCCGCCCCAUUCUCCCGCUUUCCAUCACCCCACCCCACUCUCCCUCCUUCCAUCACCCCGCCCCAUUCUCCCUCCUUCCAUCACCCCGCCCCAUACUCCCGCUUUCCAUCACCCCGCCAAUGUUCUCCCGCUUACCAUAACCCCACCCCCUUCUCCCGCUUUCCAUCACUCCGCCACAUUCUCCCGCUUUCUAUCACCCCGCCCCAUUCUCCCUCCUUCCAUCACCCCGCCCCAUUCUCCCGCUUUACAUCACCCCGCCCCAUUCUCCCGAAAUCCAUCACCCCGCCCCAUUCUCCCGCUUUCCAUCACCCCGCCCCAUUCUCCCGCUUUCCAUCACCCCGCCCCAUUCUCCCGCUUUCCAUCAUCCCGCCCCAUUCUCCCUCCUUCCAUCACCCCGCCCCAUUCUCCCGCUUUCCAUCACUCCGCCCCAUUCUCCCUCCAUCCAUCACCCCGCCCCAUUCUCCCUCCUUCCAUCACCCCGCCCCAUUCUCCUGCUUUCCAUCACCCCGCCCCAUUCUCCCACUUCCCAUAACCCCAUCCCAUUCUCCCGCUUUCCAUCACCCCGCCACAUUCUCCCACUUUCCAUCACCCCGCCCCCUUCUCUCUCCUUCCAUCACCCCGCCCCAUUCUCCCUCCUUCCAUCACCCCGCCCCAUUCUCCCGCUUUCCAUCAGCCCGCCCCAUUCUCCCGCUUUCCAUCACCCCUCCCCUUUCUCCCGCUUUCCAUCUCCCCGCCCCAUUCUCACGCUUUCCAUCACCCCGCACCAUUCUCCCGCUUUCCAUCACCCCGCCCCAUUCUUCCGCUUCCCAUCAGCCCGCCCCAUUCCCCCGCUUUCCAUCACCCCUCCCCAUUCUUCCUCCUUCCAUCACCCCGCCACAUUCUCUCGCUUUCCAUCACCCCGCCCCAUUCUCCCGCUUUCCAUCACCCCGCCCCAUUCUCCCGCUUUCCAUCACCCCGCCCCAUUCCUCCUCCUUCCAUCACCCCGCCCCAUUCUCCCGCUUUCCAUCACCCCGCCCCAUUCUCCAUCCUUCCAUCACCCCGCCCCAUUCUCCCUCACCCGCCCCAUUCUCCCUCUAUCCAUCACCCCGCCCAAUUCUCCCACUUUCCAUCACCCCAUCCCAUUCUCCCGUUUUCCAUCACCCCGCCCCAUUCUCUCGCUUUCCAUCACCCCGCCUUAUUCUCCCGCGUUCCAUCACCCCGCCCCAUUCUCCCGAUUUCCAUCACCCCGCCCCAUUCUCCACUUUCCAUCACCCCGCCCCACUCUCCCGAUUUCCAUCACCCCGCCCCAUUCUCCCGCUUUCCAACACCCUGCCCCAUUCUCCCGCUUUCCAUCACCCCACCCCAUUCUCACUCUUUCCAUCACCCCUCCCCAUUCUCCCUCUUUCGAUAACCCCGCCCCAUUCCCCUGCUUUCCAUCACCCCGCCCCAUUCUCCCUCUUUCCAUCACCCCGCCCCAUUCUCCCGCUUUCCAUCACCCCGUUCCAUUUUCCCGAUUUCCAUCACCCCGCCCCAUUCUCCCGCUUUCCAUCACCCCGCCCCAUUCUCCCGCUUUCCAUCACCCCGCCCCAUUCUCCCGCUUUCCAUCACCCCGCCCCAUUCUCCCUCUUUCCAUCACCCCGCCCCAUUCUCCCGCAUUCCUUCACCCCGCCCCAUUAUCACUCGUUCCAUCACCCCGCUCCAUUCUCCCGCUUUCCAUCACCCCGCCCAAUUCUCCCUCUUUCCAUCACCCCUCCCCAUUCUCCCUCUUUCCAUCACCCUGCCCCAUUCUCCCGCUUUCCAUCACCACGCCCCAUUCUCCCUCUUUCCACCACCCCGCCCCAUUCUCCCUCUUUCCAUCACCCCGCCCCAUUCUCCCACUUUCCAUCACCCCGCCCCAUUCUCCCUCUUUCCAUCACCCCGCCCCAUUCUCCCGCAUUCCAUCACCCUGCCCCAUUCUCCCUCUUUCCAUCACCCCGCUCCAUUCUCCCGCUUUCCAUCAGCCCGCCCAAUUCUCCCUCUUUCCAUCACCCCUCCUUAUUCUCCCUCUUUCCAUCACCCCGCCCCAUUCUCCCGCUUUCCACCACCCCGCUCCAUUCUCCCGCUUUCCAUCACCCCGCCCAAUUCUCCCGCUUUCCAUCACCACGCCCCAUUUUCCCUCUUUCCAUCACCCUGCCCCAUUCUCCCGCUUUCCAUCACCCCGCCCUAUUCUCCCGCUUUCAAUCACCCCGCUCCAUUCUCCCACUUCCCAUCAUCCCGCCCAAUUCUCCCUCUUUCUAUCACCCCUCUCCAUUCUCCCUCUUUCCAUCACCCCGCCCCAUUCUCCCGCUUUCCAUCACCCCGCCCCAUUCUCCCGCUUUCCAUCACCCCGCCCCAUUCUCCCGCUUUCCAUCCACCCGCCCCAUUCUCCCGCUUUCCAUCAUCCCGCCCCAUUCUCCCUCCUUCCAUCACCCCGCCCCAUUCUCCCGCUUUCCAUCACCCCACCCCAUUCUCCCUCCUUCCAUCACCCCGCCCCAUUCUCCCUCCUUCCAUCACCCCGCCCCAUACUCCCGCUUUCCAUCACCCCGCCAAUGUUCUCCCGCUUACCAUAACCCCACCCCCUUCUCCCGCUUUCCAUCACUCCGCUACAUUCUCCCGCUUUCUAUCACCCCGCCCCAUUCUCCCUCCUUCCAUCACCCCGCCCCAUUCUCCCGCUUUACAUCACCCCGCCCCAUUCUCCCGAAAUCCAUCACCCCGCCCCAUUCUCCCGCUUUCCAUCACCCCGCCCCAUUCUCCCACUUUCCAUCACCCCGCCCCAUUCUCCCGCUUUCCAUCAUCCCGCCCCAUUCUCCCUCCUUCCAUCACCCCGCCCCAUUCUCCCGCUUUCCAUCACUCCGCCCCAUUCUCCCUCCAUCCAUCACCCCGCCCCAUUCUCCCUCCUUCCAUCACCCCGCCCCAUUCUCCUGCUUUCCAUCACCCCGCCCCAUUCUCCCACUUCCCAUAACCCCAUCCCAUUCUCCCGCUUUCCAUCACCCCGCCACAUUCUCCCACUUUCCAUCACCCCGCCCCCUUCUCUCUCCUUCCAUCACCCCGCCCCAUUCUCCCUCCUUCCAUCACCCCGCCCCAUUCUCCCGCUUUCCAUCAGCCCGCCCCAUUCUCCCGCUUUCCAUCACCCCUCCCCUUUCUCCCGCUUUCCAUCUCCCCGCCCCAUUCUCUCGCUUUCCAUCACCCCGCACCAUUCUCCCGCUUUCCAUCACCCCGCCCCAUUCUUCCGCUUCCCAUCAGCCCGCCCCAUUCCCCCGCUUUCCAUCACCCCUCCCCAUUCUUCCUCCUUCCAUCACCCCGCCACAUUCUCUCGCUUUCCAUCACCCCGCCCCAUUCUCCCGCUUUCCAUCACCCCGCCCCAUUCUCCCGCUUUCCAUCACCCCGCCCCAUUCCUCCUCCUUCCAUCACCCCGCCCCAUUCUCCCGCUUUCCAUCACCCCGCCCCAUUCUCCCUCCUUCCAUCACCCCGCCCCAUUCUCCCUCAGUCCAUCACCCCACUCCAUUCUCCCGCUUUCCAUCACCCCGCCCUAUUCUCCCGCUUCCCAUAACCCCACCCCAUUCUCCCGCUUUCCAUCACCCCACCACAUUUUCCCACUUUCCAUCACCCCACCCCCUUCUUUUUCCUUCCACCACCCCGCCCCAUUCUCCCUCCUUCCAUCACCCCGCCCCAUUCUCCCGCUUUCCAUCAGCCCGCCCCAUUCUCCCUCUAUCCAUCACCCCGCCCAAUUCUCCCACUUUCCAUCACCCCAUCCCAUUCUCCCGUUUUCCAUCACCCCGCCCCAUUCUCUCGCUUUCCAUCACCCCGCCUUAUUCUCCCGCGUUCCAUCACCCCGCCCCAUUCUCCCGAUUUCCAUCACCCCGCCCCAUUCUCCGCUUUCCAUCACCCCGCCCCACUCUCCCGAUUUCCAUCACCCCGCCCCAUUCUCCCGCUUUCCAACACCCUGCCCCAUUCUCCCGCUUUCCAUCACCCCACCCCAUUCUCACUCUUUCCAUCACCCCUCCCCAUUCUCCCUCUUUCGAUAACCCCGCCCCAUUCCCCUGCUUUCCAUCACCCCGCCCCAUUCUCCCUCUUUCCAUCACCCCGCCCCAUUCUCCCGCUUUCCAUCACCCCGUUCCAUUUUCCCGAUUUCCAUCACCCCGCCCCAUUCUCCCGCUUUCCAUCACCCCGCCCCAUUCUCCCGCUUUCCAUCACCCCGCCCCAUUCUCCCGCUUUCCAUCACCCCGCCCCAUUCUCCCUCUUUCCAUCACCCCGCCCCAUUCUCCCGCAUUCCUUCACCCCGCCCCAUUAUCACUCGUUCCAUCACCCCGCUCCAUUCUCCCGCUUUCCAUCACCCCGCCCAAUUCUCCCUCUUUCCAUCACCCCUCCCCAUUCUCCCUCUUUCCAUCACCCUGCCCCAUUCUCCCGCUUUCCAUCACCACGCCCCAUUCUCCCUCUUUCCACCACCCCGCCCCAUUCUCCCUCUUUCCAUCACCCCGCCCCAUUCUCCCACUUUCCAUCACCCCGCCCCAUUCUCCCUCUUUCCAUCACCCCGCCCCAUUCUCCCGCAUUCCAUCACCCUGCCCCAUUCUCCCUCUUUCCAUCACCCCGCUCCAUUCUCCCGCUUUCCAUCAGCCCGCCCAAUUCUCCCUCUUUCCAUCACCCCUCCUUAUUCUCCCUCUUUCCAUCACCCCGCCCCAUUCUCCCGCUUUCCACCACCCCGCUCCAUUCUCCCGCUAUCCAUCACCCCGCCCAAUUCUCCCGCUUUCCAUCACCACGCCCCAUUUUCCCUCUUUCCAUCACCCUGCCCCAUUCUCCCGCUUUCCAUCACCCCGCCCUAUUCUCCCGCUUUCAAUCACCCCGCUCCAUUCUCCCACUUCCCAUCAUCCCGCCCAAUUCUCCCUCUUUCUAUCACCCCUCUCCAUUCUCCCUCUUUCCAUCACCCCGCCCCAUUCUCCCGCUUUCCAUCACCCCGCCCCAUUCUCCCUCUUUCCAUCACCCCGCCCCAUUCUCCCUCUUUCCAUCACCCCGCCCUAUUUUCCGGCUUUCCAUCACCCUGCCCCAUUCUCCCUCUUUCUAUCACCCUGCCCCAUUCUCCCGCUUUCCAUCACCUUGCCCCAUUCUCCCGCUUUCCAUCACCCCGCUCCAUUCUCCCGCUUUCCAUCACCCCGCCCAAUUCUCCCUCUUUCCAUCACCCCUCCCCAUUCUCCCUCUUUCCAUCAACCCGCCCCAUUCUCCCUCUUUCCAUCACCCCGCCCCAUUCUCCCGCUUUCCAUCCACCGCCCCAUUCUCCCGCUUUCCAUCAUCCCGCCCCAUUCUCCCUCUAUCUAUCACCCCGCCCCAUUCUCACGCCUUCCAUCACCCCGACCCAUUCUCCCGCUUUCCAUCACCCCGCCCCAUUCUCCCUCUUUCCAUCACCCCGCCCCAUUCUCCCGCUUUCCAUCACCCCGCCCCAUUCUCCCUCUUUCCAUCACCCCCCCCCAUUCACCCGCUUUCCAUCACCCCGCCCCAUUCUCCCGCUUUCCAUCACCUCGCCCCAUUCUCCCGCUUUCCAUCACCCCGUCCCAUUCUCCCUCUUUCCAUCACCUCGCCCCAUUCGCCCGCUUUCCAUCACCCCGCCCCAUCCUUCCACUUUCCAUCUCCCCGCCCCAUUCUCCCUCUUUUCAUCACCCCGCCCCAUUCUCCCGAUUUCCGACACCCCGCCCCAUUCUGACUCUUUCCAUCACCCCGCCCCAUUCUCCCGAUUUUCGUCACCCCGCCCCAUUCUCCCUCUUUCCAUCACCUCGCCCCAUUCUUCCUCUUUCCAUCUCCCUGCCCCAUUCUCCCUCUUUCCAUCACCCCGCCCCGUUCUCCCUCUUUCCAUCACCCCGCCCCAUUCUCCCUCUUUCCAUCACCCCGCCCCAUUCUCCCGAUUUCCGUCACCUUGCCCCAUUCUCCCUCUUUCCAUCACCCCGCCCCAUUCUCCCGAUUUCCGUCAUCCUGCCCCAUUCUCCCUCUUUCUAUCACCCCGCCCCAUUCUCCCUCUUUCCAUCACCCCGACCCAUUCUCCCGCUUUCCAUCACCCCGCCCCAUUCUCCCUCUUUCCAUCACCCCGCCCCAUUCUCCCGCUUUCCAUCACCCCGCCCCAUUCUCCCUCCUUCCAUCAACCCGCCCCCAUUCCAUCACCCCGCCCCAUUCUCCCGCUUUCCAUCACCCCGCCCCAUUCUCCCUCUUUCCAUCACCCCGCCCCAUUCUCCUGCUUUCCAUCACCCCGCCCCAUUCUCCCGCUUUCCAUCACCCCGCCCCAUUUUCCCGAUUUCCAUCACCCCGCCCCAUUCUCCCGCUUUCCAUAACCCCGCCCCAUUCUCCCGCUUUCCAUCACCCCGCCCCAUUCUCCCUCUUUCCAUCACCCCGCCCCAUUCUCCCGCUUUCCAUCACCCCGCCCCAUUCUCCCGUUUUCUAUCACCCGGCCCCAUUCUCCUGCUUUCGAUCACCCCGCCCCGUUCUCCCGCUUUCCAUCACCCCCCCCCAUUCUCCCUCUUCCCAAUACCCGCCCAAUUCUCCCGCUUUCCAUCAUCCCGCCCCAAUCUCCCGCUUUCCACCACUCCGCCCCAUUCUCCCGAUUUCCAUCACCCCGCCCCUCUCCCGCUUUCCAUUACUCCGCCCCAUUCUCCCGCUUUCCAUCACCCAGCUCCAUUCUCCCGCUUUCCAUCACCCCGCCCAAUAAUCCCUCUUUCCAUCACCCCGCCCCAUUCUCCCUCUUUCCAUCACCCCGCCCCAUUCUCCCGCUUUCCAUCACCCGCCCCAUUUUCCCGAUUUCCAUCACCCCGCCCCAUUCUCCCGCUUUCCAUAACCCCGCCCCAUUCUCCCGCUUUCCAUCACCCCGCCCCAUUCUCCCUCUUUCCAUCACCCCGCCCCAUUCUCCCGCUUUCCAUCACCCCGCCCCAUUCUCCCGCUUUCCAUCACCCAGCCCCAUUCUCCCGCUUUCCAUCACCCCGCCCCAUUCUCCCGCUUUCUAUCACCCCGCCCCAUUCUCGCUCUUUCCAUCACCCCGCCCCAUUCUCCCGCAUUCCUUCACCCGGCCCCAUUUUCCCUCGUUCCAUCACCCCGCUCCAUUCUCCCGCUUUCCAUCACCCCGCCCCAUUCUCCCUCUUUCCACCACCCCGCCCCAUUCUCCCUCUUUCCAUCACCUCGUCCCGUUCUCCCGCUUUCCAUCACCCCGCCCCAUUCUCCCUCUUUCCAUCACCCCGCCCCAUUCUCCCGCUUUCCAUCACCCCGCCCCAUUCUCCCUCUUUCCAUCACCCCGCUCCAUUCUCCCGCUUUCCAUCACCCCGCCCCAUUCUCCCUCUUUCCAUCACCCCGCCCCAUUCUCCCGCUUUCCAUCACCCCGCCCCAUUCUCCCGCUUUCCAUCACCCCGCCCAAUUCUCCCGCUUUCCAUCACCACGCCCCAUUUUCCCUCUUUCCAUCACCCCGCCCCAUUCUCCCGCUUUCCAUCACCCCGCCCCAUUCUCCUGCUUUCCAUCACCCCGCUCCAUUCUCCCGCUUUCCAUCAUCCCCCCCAAUUCUCCCUCUUUCUAUCACCCCUCUCCAUUCUCCCGCUUUCCAUCACCCCGCCCCAUUCUCCCUCUUUCCAUCACCCCGCCCCAUUCUCCCUCUUUCCAUCACCCCGCCCCAUUUUCCCGCUUUCCAUCACCCCGCCCCAUUCUCCCUCUUUCUAUCACCCCGCCCCAUUCUCCCGCUUUCCAUCACCCCGCCCCAUUCUCCCGCUUUCCAUCACCCCGCUCCAUUCUCCCGCUUUCCAUCACCCUGCCCUAUUCUCCCUCUUUCCAUCACCCCUCCCCAUUCUGCCUCUUUCCAUCAACCCGCCCCAUUCUCCCGCUUUCCAUCACCCCGCCCCAUUCUCCCUCUUUCCAUCACCCCGCCCCAUUCUCUCGCUUUCCAUCACCCCGCCCCAUUCUCCCUCUUUCCAUCACCCCGCCCCAUUCUCCCGCUUUCCAUCACCCGCCCCAUUCUCCCUCUAUCCAUCACCUCGCCCCAUUGGUCACAGCUCCAAAUGA